UAUUCUGUAAACGGCAUGCGUUUGGUUUACAUUGGGACAGAAGACCUGCAGAAACAAAGCUGUAAAUGGCAUCUGUGUUAUUUCGGGAUGUUGCGACGUCCCACGUCGGCGGACAGUGAGGCGGAUCUGCUCCAACAGCAGCGUGAGUUUCUGGCAACGGGUGGCCGCCCUACAGUCACUGUAGUCAAGCGUCCUGAUAAACGCAGAGGAGACACAGCCGGUGCUGAUGUUGGACACGAGGAGCAGGACAAUCAGAGAGAUGUCGUGACUAUAGAAGACCUCCCUGAUCAGAUUCCCACCCUGACGCCUGCACCUCCAAAGAAGUCACGUUUUAAACAAGAACAAAAUCGAGUGCGUUUUGAAGAUGAGGACCCAGAAGAGCGACUGGACAGGCAUGAUACUCACAUCAGUGCUGUCCUGUCCAGGAUCAUUGAGAGAGACACUAGUGCUAUACCCGUGUCCCUACCAUCUUUCACAAGCACGGCUUUCCCUAAAGUCCUACAUCGAUCUGUGGUAAAGAGUGAGGGGCAAGAGUCCAGAGGCAGAAAAAGUAUUUUUGCACGUCAAAUUGCAUCACAGCGAGCUAACAAGGACGUAACACAGUGUUCAAGUGGUUAUAAGACUAGAGAUCAGUCAUGCAAAGCCACAAAUGUCGUCUCUCUACCACCAGAGAGCAUGCACACUGAGAAAUCUACAUCAGAUGUUCUGGAUGCUGUUGGAGGCCCAUUGCUAGUGUCAGGUCAAGGACUUGGGAUUGCUAACAGUGCCAUGGAGACAAUAAAAAUCCACCAGGAGAACCAAGCAAAGCUGCAGGCCAUGUCCCAGAGUGAGAUACUGGAGGAACAGAUGAAGCUGCUGGCCCAACUUGACUCAAGAUUAGUGGACUUUGUCAGAUCUCGGAAAGCACAGAAAACCGCUUCAGCACCUGCACCAGAGGUCUCCGUAAAUGAACCUCCAUCUAACAGCACCGCUCCAUUGUUCGAUUGUACAACACAAGAUGAGGAUUUUCCAGGUGUUGCCAUGGAAGAUGAUAAGGAGGAGGAUGGAAACCAGCCUGUAGUUCAACCUCCAGUUAUAGAGGAUGAGCUUCCAAUCAAACCACAGAAGGAGUGGCUUCACAUGGACAAGUUGGAGCCAGAAAAACUGGAAUGGACAAGAGACCUUCCUCCUCCCAAGAAGCAGAGCACCAAAAAGGCUAUGCAAGCACGAUUUGACUUUGCCGGUACUCUCAUCCCACCCACUAAAGACUUGCCCACCCAUUUGGGUCUGCAUCACCAUGGAGAGGAGCCAGAGCUGGCUGGCUACUCACUGCAGGAGCUUUUCAUUCUCUCUCGCAGUCAGCUAAACCAACAACGCAGUCUGGCAGUCAGCACUCUCGCUAAUAUCCUGACGAAAGCUCGCGCAGGUGAAUACACGGCUUUUCUGAAGGGCAGUGUCUUGUCUUCUUUACUGGAUGCAGGGCUGCUCUUUCUUCUGCGCUUUUCAUUGGACGACGGCGUGGAAGGUGUGAUGUCUGCAGCUGUGCAUGCCUUGCGAGCUCUGCUGGUUUCAUCUGAUGAUGAAGAGUGCUUAGACAACGCUUUUUCAUGGAUGCUGGGGAUGGCCACCUUUCCUCUGCUGCCCACAGCUCAGGAGGAUGAAGAUGAGGAUGAUGAAAACAUGGAUGAGUCCAUGAAACUUUCUGCUAAGGAGAAAGAGGAAAUGAAGGCAGAUCAUGAUGUUGCCAGGCAGGAUGUCAUCAAGGGUUUUCUGAAGAUGCAGGGUCUUCCUCGUCUGCGAUAUAUUUUGGAGGUUGUUCGACCGCCUCCUCGAGUUGUCCUUGAUAUCCUGGAGAUUUUGAUCCGAAUCGCUCGCCACUCGACUGCAGCAGCUGCACAGAUCUUGGACUGCCCACGGCUGAUGGACACUGUGAUUUCUGAGUUUCUUCCUGUCUCAUGGACUCCUCCAACUUCACAGGCUCCCUCCUCUUUAUAUGGACUGCCUGUUGCCUUGGCGAUGAAACUGCUUCGCGUUUUAGCAAGUGCCGGGCGGCAUGCUUGUGCCAGAAUACUGAACUCUUUAGGAGGGAAAGAGCUUCUGUCACGUUUUGUUGUUGAGGAACCAUUAGAGAUGUUGCUUGAACCUGGUGAAGCUCUUCGCUGCAGUACAGAAGCACUGAAGAUGUUCGCAGUGGCUGCUGGCUAUGGACAAGCCUGCAAUCUGUACAUAGAACUCUAUCCUGUUCUGGUGAGGAGGUUGCAGGCUGCAAACCGGACUUGUACAUCAUCCGAGGUUGUGCUACCUGUGGAGCUGGACAGAGUCAGAGCUCUGCUGGUGCUGUUGACUCGGGUUACUCAGACGGCAGGCUGUUGUGAGGAGCUGCAGAGAGGACUAGUCAGUUCUCAAGGUACAGAUUGUCCUCCACCCCCUCCCGUUUCGUGGAGCCAUGUGACCGGUCUGCAGCCCACAGUCAUUGGUUUACUCAAAGGCUGUGUGAGAGCGCUCAGCAUCCCAGGGCAAAUGUCAAGCGCACUGAUCUUGAUUCCCUCCUACCUGCUGUACAUGGAGGCGUAUUAUUCACAGCUCAGUGAGCAGAGCUCUUUCCAGCCAGUUCAGUGUCUACAGGAACUAGAAUCACUAACUUCAGAUGUGUUGAUGCCACUGAUAACCCAUCAUGCCAUGCAAAAUAUGACCAGCAACAUCCGAUCCAACUCUAUGAUUUGUAAUCCCGGUCUAAGCGCUGCAGGUUGGGAGGUCGUCCCCAGUCUGCCUGGACUGUGCUGCUCUAAACUUAAGACCACCAGCAAUCUGGCAGCACCCAACUCUCCUCUGCCUCUUCCUACAGCUCUCCUCCACCUGCUGAACACCAUCACCUCCAUCCACAAAGGUCUUACUAAAAAGUUCGGCUCUUUCCUCCUGUCAGACUCUGUUCUGAGUUAUCUGCGUUCUUGUAUUGGAGUCACGCCCUCUGUUUCUCCCAUGAGUGCCUGGAUUUUACGUCAUGAGCACCACCUGCUGUAUUUGCUUCUUAGACUUGCACACAAGCUGGUCCCAGUUGACCCUGAGGUGGCCAAACAUGCAUCUUUAUUUCACCAAGUGUCUUUGGCUCUGUUGUCCUGGCUGCUUCCUGGCAGUGAACACCUGGCACAUGAACUCAUGUCCAUCAUGAUCUUCAGCCACAAUCUCCUUCCGGAGGGCAGCCGGGGUGAACCAGAAUUGGCCGCAUUGGCUGAGUUGCAACUCAAGGAGAAAGCUUCACCAGGCGUUGGUGUACUGCUGCGCGACGCUCUUCUUCAUUUGCCCUCCAUCCGUGGUUGCUACCUCACCCACCUUGCCCAUAUGGAACCGGCUGUACUUACUUCCCGUGACCGGUACCUUGGCCGAACACCCUGGCUCAGCUCCUAUCUCCUACCUGAGCUUACUGGCCCGUCCUUGCCCUCUGAUUGGCCCUUCUUACCACUCAUCAGCCUGUAUGAACGAAUGGGAUGGUCUGCUGGAGGCGGACAGCAGGUUGAAUCUCUCCCGGCGGGAUCGGUGGAAUCAGUCACUCACUGCCUUCAGUGGCUGCUGGUUCUUGAAAGCUGGAGAGGGCAAGUGCUUAGCGUGGUGCCACCAGUGGCCAAGUUAGCCCGGCUAGCCUGCGUCUUUUUGUGCUCCAGUGACCUCUUUCUGGAAAAGCCCGUGCAGGAGCUGACGUGGGCGCUGUUUCGUGGACUGACCCUUGAGGUGCUGGAUCUGAACUCGCCUCCACCGGGUUUGGCAUCUUUUCAUGACCUGUACUCAGCUUUGCUGGCUCAGUAUGAGGCCGUGUCAUUUGGUGACCCGCUGUUUGGCUGCUUCAUGCUUCUUCCACUGCAGAGGCGGUACAGUGUCACUAUGAGACUGGCUGUGUUUGGCGAACAUGUCGGGGUGUUGCGAUCAUUAGGGGUCUCGCUGCAGCAGCUGCCUAUUCCACUGGAGAAGUUCACGUCCCCUAUGGAGGACUCGCUGCCUCUGUUGAAGCUGUAUUUUCGGGUGCUAGUAACCGGAGCUCUGAAGAGGAACUGGUGCCCUGUGCUUUAUGUGGUGGCUGUUGCUCAUCUUAAUGCAUUCAUCUUCUCCCAGGAUGCAGUGGCAGAGGAAGUAGAGGCUACACGUCGGAGCCUGCUAAGAAAAACACACUACCUGACAGAUGAGGUUUUGAGGAACCACCUGCUUUUUUUCCGGCUACCCGAGCAGGAAACCGAGUUGGGCUUCAGCACCUACGAAGAGCUGCCACCUAUUCGUGCCCACAGGUUGGAAAGCAUUUUGGGAACAGCGGAGAAAAUGGAAAAAAGGUGAAGGAGAAAAAACUUUUGGUCGCAGACAUAAAAAAAUCCUCUCCUGAUUGAGUUGUGGCUCACAAUUCUCAGUGAUUUAUGGCAAAUAUAAAACUUGAAAAUUUAUAUAAAAUAAAUCUUUGUAUGUGUU